UUUUGCCUUAAUUUCUAGUUUUUAUAACAAAAUGGCCGACGUAUUCAACCAAUUUGUCCAGUUUGGUUAUGAAUUUGAAAAAUUAUUUUCUUCAACAUUUAAUCAUGUUUGUUCUACAAUAUUGGGAACAACUGACAACAGCGUCUCGGCAAGAGGAGGCAGAACUCAUCCAAUAAUGGAAAAACACCAAACAUUUUUUGUUCAUCACUGUGGAUCAACAUAUAUUGUUAAAUUGGCUGGACUUUCUGGGGCGAUGGCUGUGGCUCUUGCUGCAUAUGGAGCUCAUUUUGUCUCUGACAACCCAAAUUUGAGUGCUGAACGUAAACGUUCAAUGGAACAUGCAAACAAACACCACUUCCUCAACACAAUUGGAAUUGUGCUGGCGUCAGUAGCUUCGCGUCAUCCUCAGGUUACUUCAACUCUUUUUGCUUUGGGAGCUUUGUUGUUUUGUGGGCCAAGUUAUGCUUAUGCAAUUGUUGCGGACAAAACCUUCCGUGCAAUUACCCCAAUUGGUGGAAUUCUUUCCAUGUUUGCUUGGCUUAGUUUUAUUCUUUAA